AGUCUACUUGCUUUGUGUGUCUGUUUCACGAAUGGUCUCACGAUUCAAUAGAUUGCAUCAUGGAAACUAUAACAAAAAAUGCUUUAUUUUCUAUGUUCCCGUUUCUGAUUAUUCGUUCAGUAAAUUCGACUUUUUUCACUGAACCGAAUUUAUUGAAAAAAUUUAAUUUAAGUGAUACCAAAUUCUGUGAGUCAAUUUUAUCACCAACCGAAUUCACGUUGAAAAGAUCAUUCGAAGCCACAUUUGAAAUUGUAAAAAAGGGAGGAUAUUUAAACGAAAGUGAUCGUGCCGAUUUGUGCUGUCGUUCGUUUCAUAAAUGUGGGGCACAUAAACAUAUUGAAUUAAAUUACACAAACGAACAAGCGAACAUUCGACAUUGUGAAUGUGAAUACUCUUUUAAAAAUUGUUUGGAGAAUUUAAACACAUCAUCAUCAAAUGUGCUGGGAUUCAUUCACUCUCUGAAUACAGAGAAAUGCUAUGCAAUUGAUCAUCCAAUCAUCGAAUGUAUAUCAUUUGAUGCGCCUCAAAUAGAACCAGAAAUUGAUUUACAUCUUCAAAAUUUGAACGCAGUGAUAACUACUGUUAGAGCUGAUGAUGACAUGGAAAAAGUCUUCAGCCAACAAAACGAGUUAAAUUCACAUACGAGAAAUUUGAAGUUUGGCAAUACGCAAGAAUUAGAAACAUACUUCAGAAAAGCCGUCAACGCAACAUUUUCUGCAGGAUGCUCUACCUACAAUACAUUCAUUAAUAAUAUGGAAAAUCCGCCUUCUGUUACUAUGCCUGAAUCGACUCCUGCAGAUGACAUACACAACGCCGAAAUGGAGAGAACAAUAAAAUUGAAAUUGAUAGGAGACAAAGUUUUCAGAAAUUUACUGAAAUUUCUGCGUCCCAUCAUGGAUGUUGCAUGCAGCAAUCAACAGCUAUUGACAAGUUUGAACAACGCCAACAAAGACGAUUGUCGUCCAAAUUAGCAUGAAUAUUCUCAGUAUUUCCAUAAUAUAGGAUACAACAAUGUGGUUCAUUUUGGUUAAAAGGGAUUAUCGAUUAGAGUAGUUGAACGAUUUGUAUGCCAUCUUCAGUCUCUCCUCUCGAGCAACAGCAUUUUCAAUUUUUAUUGUGAAAGUUUACCACAUUAUGGUACUGCCACAUCGUGUUUAUUUGUGUUUGAAUAAAUUUUCAUUUAUUUUAUUUAUCAACUCUA